AUGUCAACGAGUGUGUACAAUUCGGUGACCAAACCGAUGCCAUCGGACACAGAAACGGUCAAGCGAAGACUGGCCUUCCAAAAGAGUUACAGUCAAGAACAUGGAGGAUCUUGGCGACGGAGGAGUUUGAUUGAAGAUGCCAAGUUUGAGACAGUAACGAACAUAGAGUUUCAGAAACGGGAAAAACACUUAAGUGUCAAAGAAAAAUCUGGAAAUACCACAGGAUCGAUUAGUGAAGAAGAAGAAGUGUUCAUACAGAAUGGGGAUGUGUCCUCCACGGUGGAAACUGGAAACCUUGUGAAUAUCACCAUCAUCAUCACAUUGAAGGAUGGCAUUAGUUCUCUCGCCAAAAUUUUCAGAGUAUUUGAGAACACCAAGGUAACCAUCGAUCAUAUCGAAUCAAGAAAAUCCAAGAAACCAGGGUGUGAAUAUGAGAUUCUGUUACAAGCUGUUAGCACGUGUGAACGCUGGACGCCUGUGACAAACCUGUUACGCCAGAGUCCACAAGUGAAUGACGUUGCGAUACUAAGUGAGCAACCCCACCCGACAGAGAAAGUAGCGACACCCGAGCCCAUUCCACAUUCCUGCUUUGGUUCACAAUGGACAAGAUUAUCUUUAGCGCUCACAGCAUCCUCAAGCUUUGUUUUCCCAGCUCUAGGCAAAGCAAGAAAGUUAGUCUCGAAAAAGCUUCGAGGAUUCUCCCGAAAAUUAAAUGGAACGCCUCAUUUGGAUAUCACACCUUCUAGCGAGCAUGCUUCUAUAAGAAGAGAUGGUUGGUAUCCGCGCCACAUUUCGGAGUUAGACAACUGUACCCAUUUGGUAACUAAGUUCGAGCCCGACCUGGAUUAUGAUCAUCCGGGAUUUACGGACAUGAAGUACCGUGAAAGGAGGAAGGAGAUCGCCGACAUUGCAUUUGAAUACAGAAAUGGACAGCCUAUCCCGCGAGUGGAGUACAACGAAGAAGAAACGCGAACAUGGAAUCAUGUUUACAGUCGUCUUCAGGGCUUUUUCCCAACACAUGCGUGUAAGGAGCAUCGGGACAAUUUCGAACUUCUUGAGAAAGAAUGCGGAUACUGUCCAACCAGAAUUCCACAACUAGAAGAUGUCUCCAAUUAUCUGAAAAGAAGGACCGGGUUCCAGCUCCGACCUGUUUCCGGACUUCUGUCUGCGCGUGACUUCUUGGCUAGCCUUGCUUUCCGAGUUUUUCAAUGUACUCAAUAUGUCCGUCACGGAUCAAAGCCUGACCACUCUCCAGAACCAGACUGCAUCCAUGAACUUCUAGGACAUGUGCCAAUGUUAGCUGAUCCAAAGUUUGCCCAGUUUUCCCAGGAAAUUGGUCUCGCUACACUUGGAGCCUCGGAUGCCGAUAUUGAGAAAUUUGCAACAUUGUACUGGUUCACAGUAGAGUUUGGCCUGUGCAAAGAGAAUGGCGAAUUGCGGGCAUAUGGAGCAGGAACACUAUCGUCGUAUGGAGAGCUUCAACACGCACUGUCGGACGCUCCAGACCAGCGUCCUUUCGAUCCUGCUAAGACUGCCGUCCAGGAAUACACAGACGAUGACCUUCAGCCAAUAUACUUCUACGUGGAAUCGUUUGACGACAUGAUGCAAAAAAUGAGACAAUAUGCGGCUGGAAUUUCUCGACGGUCUGAAGUGAGAUACGAUCCCUACACACAGACUAUCCAACCGCUUGAUAAAAAGGAAACGGUCGACGCCAUUGCUUUAUCCGUUCGGAAUGACAUCGACUGUCUUCAAAAAGCCACGAAGGGUCUGGAAACAAUUCAAGUGUCGUAA